AAUUCCAUUUUAAAGCAUGCGUGUCCAACAUUGACCUUUUAUUGUGAAAAGCAUGAACCGGAAGUGGAACUGGUGUGGUUACAGAUGAACAGCAGCUUUAAGAGAAUCCUUCGCUAUGGCUGAGACCCACAGCUUACAGGACCUCCAGCAGCCAGCUGUCUCCUCUAAGGUGUAUGUUCAAAGGGACUACAGCUCCGGAACCAUAUGCAAGUUUCAGACCAAGUUCCCCUCCGAACUUGAGUCCAGGCUGGAUAAGCAGCAGUUUGAUGAGACCAUCCAGACUCUGAACAACCUGUAUGCGGAGGCAGAGAAACUCGGGGGGAAGUCCUACCUCGAGGGCUGCCUGGCCUGUGUCACGGCCUACACCAUCUUCCUCUGUAUGGAGACACACUAUGAAAAGGUGUUGAAGAAGAUUGCCAGAUACAUAAAGGACCAGAACGAGAAGAUCUAUGCUCCCAGGGGCUUGUUGCUGACAGACCCCAUUGAGAGAGGCCUUAGAGUCGUCGAAGUUACCAUCUUUGAAGACAGAAGCAUUGGCUCUGGAAGAUAAAGAAACUUCCAAAUCCAUUUCUAAUAAGAGUCAGCUUCACUUGGAAAAAUGUUGUUGGAGCUGUAAAAACAACACGUCAGCGAUUCUGUAGAAAAAAUAAAAUAAAAUUCCAGGAUUCCAACAGCUCCCUUCAAAGAAAGAAACAAGAAGCCCACUAUGAAGGCUUGUUGUUUUUUUGUCCGCGAGAGUAAUCUCAGAGAAGUCAUGUGAAUUUUUCAAAAUGAUUAAGACCUCCACAACAGUUGGCACAAACACUUUAGUUCAUAUCCUCCAGCAUAAUUCUUCUCUCUACCUCGGCUUACUGUUUAGGCUGUUGGUUGACCAGAUUCACUUUCAUGAGCAGACACACUCGUGAACUUUCUGUAAAUUUUUCAUGUAAUCAUCAUUUUCCCUGUUAUUUAUUAGGACUCUGCUUGUUUGUGUUUCUGUGUUUUCUUGUCUUUUUUUUUUUACACAUCCGUUGCCUGUAUUGUGACCCCAGUUUAUCCAAAUCAGUCUUAAUCAACCGUGCCAUUGUGUUGCCUCUUUUUAAAUCACUGUAAUUCCAAAUGUUUUGUUGUAUGUGCUGUUUUCAAAAUGUAAAAAUGCCGUAUUUUAUACUGAUCCAGAUUAGGUGUGAUUAUUGGCAGCACAUGGCAUUCGUUGUAUUGCAUAGUCCUAUAUUGUGUUAACAUGUAGGUCAGGUUAUAGCAGUGGUGUCCAGUCUUGGUCCUUGUGGGCCACCAUCCUGCCUGCCUGCAACUUGCCUGAUUUGAAUCAAAGUGUUUUUGAGAGGCUCCUGCAAAACUUGUGGAGGUUCUUUGGAGGUAAUUCUGCCACUGAAUCAGGCUUGUUGUAGCAGGAAAAUAUAAAACAUGUAGAGUUGUUGACGGUGUAAAAUGUACAUUUUUCCAAAUGAACUUUUGUGUUUCAUAGAAAGACCAUUUAGAAAAAUCUUUAACACGUUCAGAAGCAGCACAACACUGUCAAAGUUGCACAGUUUUGCAUAAAGUUUAUUUAAAAAUAUAAGCACACUUCACACCUUUAGCUAUCCUGCUUGUUUCAGUUGUUUCCAUACUUCAACUUAUUGAUUUUAAUCAUUGCUUUAUCGCUUUGGUUUCUCUUUGUGUUUUUCAGACAGUCACUCAUUCAUUGAAACUAGAAGUGUUUGGUGCAGUUGAGGACCACUAAUGGCUUAGAGCAGGCGUGGGGAACCCUGGUCCUCGAGGGCCGGUGUCCUGCGUGUCUUUGCUCCAACACUUCUGAUUCAGUGGUUGAUUCACCUGUUCAGCAGCUCAUCAGGCUCUGCAGAAGCCUGUUAAUCACCUGCUGAUUGAAAUCAGGUGUGUUGAAGCAGGGUUGAAACUAAAAUAUGCUAGAUAGCGGCCCUCCAUGGACCAGGGUUCCCCACCCCUGGCUUAGAGUUUUGUUCAAAUAAACAUUUUAUUUAAUAAAAAUGUAUAAUCAUUGAUGGGAUAAGAGAUGUUUCAGAUGUUGUAAACUUGUAGUUGUAGACUUUUUGUGGCUUCUAAAUUGGAGCAUAUUUACCAAGUUUACUAUAAUCCAGUACUGCUGUGCAUUAUUCAAGUGCAUUAAAUAUCCCAAAUUAGAUUCAGCUCUGAACUAGUUGCAAAUAUUGUCCUAAUCAUUAUUCUUGGAAAUGACAGAAAUGUAAACUCUCCAGUUAAUUGUGUUUUCUAAAACUUUCUUUUGAAUAUUGAUAUUUCAUCAGAAUAAAUUGCAGUUUCCUGAA